CCCUGCACACAGGACUUGUGGAUGUCUGGGUGAUGUCCAGUCCAGUGUUUCCGACCCCUGUUAAAUGUUGCGUGCAAUGUUUUCGAGGCGUUGUCUGUUUGCUUUUCCACUGUUUAACUCUGGCGCUGCAGUGAUCCAAGGGUCAGUUUAGGAAACUCACUCUCACUCCGCCCACAGUUUAGUUGCAUGCAGCACGAAACCCAAGUGUUUCCUUCCUCAUAAUAUCGCAAAAGACCCACUCUGAACAACAAACCGUUUGAGAUAACAGAUCUGAAAUAUGACUCGUCGUGUGGCAGUGAUUGGAGGAGGUAGUUCAGGUCUGGCCUGCAUCAAGUGUUGUUUGGAUGAAGGACUGGAGCCCGUCUGCUAUGAAAGCAGUGAUGACUUUGGUGGUCUGUGGAGGUUUAAGGAGAAUCCAGAGCCAGACAGAGCCAGCAUCUACCACUCUGUCAUCAUCAACACCUCCAAGGAGAUGAUGUGUUUCAGUGAUUUUCCCAUUCCUGGACACUACCCCAACUUCAUGCACAACUCCCUCAUCAUGGACUACUUUCGAAUGUAUGCGGACAACUUCCAGCUCACCAAGUACAUACGCUUCAAUACCAAAGUCUUGCAGGUGAAGCAGAGAUCAGAUUUUUCUCAUUCGGGCCAGUGGGAUGUUGAGACAGAGAACAAGGACGGCAAAAAGGAGAAACACAUUUUUGAUGCUGUGAUGAUCUGUAUUGGACAUCACUGCCACCCCAAUAUGCCCCUACAUGACUUCCCAGGCAUUGACACUUUCAAGGGAAAGUAUUUCCACAGCCGAGACUACAAGACUCCUGAGGAGUGGAGGAAUAAGAAGGCUGUAGUGAUUGGAAUAGGGAACUCUGGAAUAGACAUAGCAGUGGAAUUGAGCAGAGUCACCAAACAGCUUUACCUGAGCACACGAAGAGGAGCCUGGAUUCUGAACCGAGUCGGGGAAAAUGGGCUACCACUUGACAUGCUUUUUAACAGGGUGUUAUAUUCUAUGCAAAGAAUCCUUCCCUUUAGUUUUUUCUGUGAUUUAGGAGAGAGACAACUCAACCGAAGAUUUGACCACGCUCUGUACAAUCUUAAACCAAAGCACAGGUUGUUCAGCCAACAUCCCACAGUGAAUGAUGAGCUUCCCAACCGCAUCCUGUCAGGAACAGUUCAAGUGAAGCCCAACAUCCGCAGAUUUCAGGGGUCCAAUGUGGAGUUUGAUGAUGGGAGUGUAGUGGAGGAUGUUGACCUGGUGGUGUUUGCCACAGGUUACAGGUUUUCCUUUCCAUUCCUGGCCUCACAAGUCGUCACAGUGACUGAGAACAAAGCAUCUCUGUACAAGUACGUGUUUCCUCCUGAGUUGGCCCGCCCUACUCUGGCUAUCAUUGGUCUAGUGCAGCCACUGGGGGCCAUUAUGCCCAUCUCUGAGAUGCAGGCCAGAUGGGCCACACGCGUCUUUAAAGGCUGCAUCAAGCUUCCUUCAGUGGCUUCCAUGUUAAAGGAUAUCCAAUGCAAGGAGGAGACAAUGGCCAAAAGGUAUGUCACCAGUCACAGACACACCAUCCAAGUCGACUAUGUCGAAUACAUGGAUGAGAUAGCGGAGAUGGUGGGAGUACUACCCAACUCCCUGAGGCUGCUGCUGACUGAUCCCAGGGUGGGACUGAAUGUGAUAUUCGGCCCCUGCACGCCGUACCAGUAUCGUCUCAGAGGUCCAGGAAAGUGGGCUGGAGCCCGUGAGGCCAUCCUCACUCAGUGGGAGAGAGUUGCUCAACCCAUGCAGACCAGGCCCUGCGAUGAGCCCCAAUGCAAGCGAUCAUAUGCAUGGCUUUUGAUGAUCUCAGCUGCUGUGAUGGGCUUAGCUGCCUACAUUAACAGAAACAGCCUUCCAUCUUUCCUACAAGACCCUGCUGCACUGUUGGACAAGAUAAAAGCGUACUGGCCUGCACAGUGAUGUGCAAUUCAUGCUGUCCAUUUCAGCACUCAUCAUCACUAAUCAUACAGUACAUAAAUGUAAUUUCUAGACUGUACUACCCCCAACUCCUGAAAGGCAUACUAUACAAAGAAAUGUUAAAAUGAUGCAGCCUUGUGGUGGCUUCAAAAGAAGUUAGUUUAGAAGUUGAAGUAUGCUUAAAAAAUGUGACUCAAAAUAAUGCAUUGAGUGAUGUUCAGCUCUGGAAACUUCUUAGCAAAGUUAUAUAGUCAUACUGCUUAUUGAAUAGCCAUUAAUCUACAGCUUUUAUUCUUCAUGUACAAUCUCUGAACACAUAUUGUCCUUGUUUCUUGCUGUAUAGUCUUGAAGGAUCUUACUUUGACAAUAUUCGCUCUAUUUUCAUACAAUGUAUAUCACAAUGACUACAUUCCCUGCAUUACCUCUGGCUAAUGCUUAAAAGAUCAGCAAAUCUGAUUGCACAUGAUGAAUACCAGGACUUAUGGUGCAGUACUUUUAUGCUUUUAUGGGGUUAGGCUCUAAAUACAUGUAACAGGUAACCCUGACAAAUCAAGCAGCAGCUCUUUUAUUACAACUAUAUUACAGUAAAUCAUUUUCUUUUCUGAAGCAGAAAAUAUCUAAAACAAAAAUCACAAUUAUACUCACACUGAUAUAUACUACAUACUGUCAAUGAUUUUGUAAAACAAAGAUAACACCAGGUUGUUCAAACAGCCAGACCUAUGGCCACACUUGGCUUUGCCAGCAAAUUGUUAAAUGGUAAACCAUCUGGUUCAACAGAGUUUGUGGUUCAAGACAGGUACGUGUUCUGACAUUCACUUAAUCAAUAAAGUAAAGUCUAAGUGCA